UUGUUAUCUCUCGUCUCGCCCACGGACCACCCAUUCUUUCCUUUUCCUUCUUAAUUACGACAAAACACCUGCAUUUGUCUUUAACACCUGCUGUAUUUCUGAAUCUACAUGUAGGAAUUUUAUUUUAUAUACAAACUUUAACAACAACAGCAAUAAUACGUCGUCAGGUGGAGGUGCGGUGAUGGAGAGUCAAGGAGGUAAUUAUUUAUUUAACAAUGUUGACCAACAACAACCAGAAUGGGCAAGAGAUCGACCAAUAACCUUUGAAGAUCUUGGAAUACCCAGGUCUCAGUCAACACGGGCCACAGUUUUUGGUAAUAUACGAACCUGCCAGAGUCUCUGUUUGUUGGAAUGGGUCCUACUUAUGGGAGGUUUAAUGUCAACGCUCAUUACAAUUGGUUUAGCAGUGUACAGGCUGUUCUUCUUAUCUCCAGGAACACCUGACUAUGUAUUUGCAAUGUUGAUCAUAUUUCACUCAGGCUUCUGCAUAAUAUACAUCUUAGAUGGAGUGUUUCGGGAACAGGCAUUUGAGAUUCUGGCCUUUGUGGCUUCAUGUGCCAUCCUUAUUAUCUACGUCCUGCUAAACUUUGUCAAGGAGUCCCAGUCCACAUCGGAUGUAUUCAAAUUGGUUCGUCUUGUUUUGACAUUGAUAUUUGGCAGCAGCUUGGGAGUAAUCGGGUUAAUCCUUGGAUACAAUUACUGGCAGUCUGAGAACCUCAUCUUCAGAACUGUAGGGGCAGACAGUACCAUCCAGGCUAUGUGUAGAAAUCUCUUCACUGCCAUAACUCUCAUCUUGUUUGACACUCAGAUAGUGGGCAGCGUAGUGAUCCUGUCACUUCACGAUGGAAUUACAAAACUUGACCUGGAGGAGAUAAUGAUUCUCAGUGUAGGGCCACCAUUGCUACUGGUCUGGGCGAUCAUAACGUACCUAGCGCUUCGGGUGGAGAGCAGUUAUCUCUUCACUGUUGCCAUGAUGCUGAGUCCCUGUCAUGUAGUGUUUGUUUUGGCAGCUAUCAUACAGACGGCGCUGAACCAAGAUGUGAACCUCAUUGCUCAGUGUCGUUAUGCUGCCAGCAGUGGCAGUUUGUUGGUCCACAUUGUCUUGAUAGUCUUCAUGAUCAAAUGUUACCGAAACUUUGGAUUAGGACUAAAAGAAAAAGUGUACCCAACACAGUCGAGCAGCAUUACAGCACAGAGAAGUUUGGUCCAAUAGUGUGGGCUUGUGUUGUAGUAAGUAGGAUAUUAGUAAAUGCUUUAUUAAAUCAUUGGUGUGACUUGCUGUAUGUAGAAAAAAAAUACAUAGCUCUGAAAUCAAUAUAUUUUAAUGUAGAUAAUUGCCAAAGAUACUGGAAGAAGCUUUUUUACCUCUCGGGUUUUUAGCAAAGUUAAAGAUUUAGUAACAUUUAAAUGCUAUAAGUUUUAAAUUACCACUCCUGUUUAUGGUAAAUAGAGGUUUUAUAUACAGUAUUGUACCAUAAUAUAGAUGUUCUCAAACUGUUUCAGAGGAUCCUUUUAUACCUCUAUUAUCCACACAGUUGUGAAGAAAUGAGCUGCUCUGCAUAGACCAAGGAGCAGAGAUAUGCAUCAAAUAACUAUAUUAAUACUGAAUACUCUUUCCAUAUAUAUAUAUAUAUAUAU